GCAUCCCUCGGGCGGCGGCGGCGGCGGCGGCGAGGCGGCGAGGCGAGGCGAGACGAGGCGGAGGACCGUGUGCUGCGGGGCCGGUGGCGGGUAGAGUUGUGAGGGCGGCGAGGGACCUGAGAGGUAGUCGGGCCGGUGUGGCCGCCGCCGCCGCGAUGCAGGAAAUCAUCGCCAGCGUGGACCACAUCAAGUUCGACUUGGAGAUCGCCGUGGAGCAGCAGCUCGGGGCACAGCCGCUGCCCUUCCCCGGCAUGGACAAGUCGGGAGCUGCUGUCUGCGAAUUCUUUUUGAAAGCUGCCUGUGGCAAAGGGGGCAUGUGUCCAUUCCGCCACAUCAGUGGCGAGAAGACCGUUGUGUGCAAACACUGGCUGCGGGGCCUGUGCAAGAAGGGGGACCAGUGUGAGUUCCUGCAUGAGUACGACAUGACCAAGAUGCCCGAGUGCUACUUCUACUCCAAGUUCGGGGAAUGCAGCAACAAGGAGUGCCCCUUCCUGCACAUCGACCCCGAGUCCAAGAUCAAGGACUGCCCUUGGUACGACCGUGGCUUCUGCAAGCAUGGUCCCCUCUGCAGACACCGGCACACGCGGAGAGUCAUCUGUGUGAAUUACCUCGUGGGAUUCUGCCCGGAGGGGCCCUCGUGUAAAUUCAUGCACCCUCGAUUUGAACUGCCAAUGGGAACCACCGAGCAGCCCCCACUGCCACAGCAGACGCAGCCUCCGACAAAGCAAAGUAACAAUCCGCCAUUACAAAGGUCGUCCUCCUUGAUCCAGUUAACGAGUCAGAACUCUUCUCCCAAUCAGCAGAGAGCCCCGCAGGUCAUCGGGGUCAUGCAGAGUCAAAACAGCAGCGCAGGCAACCGGGGACCCCGGCCGCUGGAGCAGGUCACCUGUUACAAGUGUGGCGAGAAAGGACACUACGCCAACAGAUGCACCAAAGGGCACUUGGCCUUUCUCAGUGGACAGUGACAGCAGCUGGAGCCAGCUCAGAGCAGCCCAGAGGGGUUGAGAACCGUUGUUCUCAACCACUGUUGAGAACCGCUCUGGGCCCUCGUUGGGAGCGUGCACUGAACUGUUUCACGCCGGUGUUGGUGCCACACUGGCUGGGGCUGGCAGGCAGGCACACUGGGGUUAUCGUUCUGAGGGGCUACAUCAGUUUCCCUAUCAUUUUGCUGUAAUCAGUUCUUAAAAGGGGACAGGUGCUCUAGUUUGGUCCUUCCAAGUCGGCAUCAUGUUUGUCUAGCAUCCACACCUCCUGUCCGGAUCUCCCUGCACACCACCAAUCUGGGGAGGGGAGGUCGUGGCGAAGGGUUUGUGCUAAGCAGGCUGUAUGGAAGGCAGCCCUUCCCCUCGAGGCCUCAUCAUUAAACACCAGUUCUUGGUGACUCCGGGGGCUGGUGGAUCAUUUAAAGCUUCAGCCAGGUCAUGCCUGCUUCCUCCAUGUCCUGCUGAAUUCAGAAGCUGUGCCUAUCGAUGUGAUUUGAACGAGGCAGCCCUUCAGGGCAAACUUAAGUGCACUUGUUGCCUCGACCUGGUCCUGCUCCAAGGCAGCAGUGGUUGAGAGGAAGGGCGCAGGGCUCUCAGGUGUGAGGGUCUUUUUCCUCUGGGCUGACUUCCUUGGAGCACCUACUUGACAGUGGUAUAUCUCAAAGGUAUACCUUCAGCUGGAGCUGCAGAGCACCCAUUAAAUAGAGGACACGGUCCAUCUGUGCACCUACCUCCUGCCCCGCCAAGCAUCUGUACAGGCACUCACCUCUGGCCUCCGGAGACUAUCCUGCCCCCGAACCUGGAAAUGUGAAACCAUCACCUGCAACCUGCUGGGCAAGUGGGCCUAUCCAAGUUCCAUUACAAGAACACUUUUUAUGAGGUUGAUUAAAGCUUGUUUUUUAAGCUGCGUCUCAUUACUUCAGGGACCCCACGCCAAGGAGAGGACUCCUGCUGCUGGCCCCACGAGAUGCUCGGCACGAAGCUUUGGUAUCGUGUUUGCUUGUCCCCUUUCGACAUGUGAAUCUCCUGGAGGGGAGGGAGGCUGCAAGGGGAAGGAAGGGCAGGAAGGGCCUCUGUCCUGGCAGCUGGUAAAGUCUGGAAGCUUGGCCUUUGAACAGCCACGUGGCAGGUCUCCUUACUCCAUCUCAGAUGUUGGAUGAUAAUGCUUAUUCAAAUGCGGAUCUUCUACGAGAUAAUUAGCCAUCUCAGCCUUUACACCCCAUGCAGUAUGUUCUUACCAUACACCCCUCAAGAAACCAGUUCUGGCCUUCCUGUCCCUUUACUGAAGAUCUCUGAUGAAGGCUAAGGAUGAGGGGGCUGGAUACAGGGGCAGUCGUGAGCUCUUGUCAGGGCCUCUGUUUUCCUUUGCUCCCCUGAAUCCUCCCACAGGUGAAGAAGUUUCCUUACCAGGAGGGCCCACACUACUGCAGCCUGCCUAAUGCAGCAAGAUGGGGGAGGAGAAGGCAUUCUCAGGCACUCAGCCUCAGUUCUGAUGUAAAAGUAUCAGCUGACAAAAAGCCAGAAGUACUUAGAGUACUUUAGGUGCAAAGAGCAGGGAAACCCCUCUGGGCACUUGACAGGCUUAACUAGAUGACACCCCACCUCCAGUGAGCUGGAACGAGGUCCCAAAGCC